AGGAAACUUGAUAAAAAGUUCAAGGAAGAGAAAUCAAAAAUGAGACGCGAAUUCGAAGAUGUCAUCGCAGAUAAAAACGAAGAAAUAAAAAUGCUGCGAAGAGAUUUGUUGCGUAUGCAGAAGAACGGAGACAGCUUACCUCGGACCUCGCCAGACUGCGAUGUUUACAUUAAACGAACAGAACAUGAAACUGAGUUGAAACGAGCCAAGGAAGAAUUCGAUGGUGAAAAAUUAGAACUAGAGAGGAAAUCUGACCGAGAAAAGGCAGAACUUGUGCAAGUUUUUACGAAUCAGACCGAACGAACGAAUAGUUACUUUCAGGAGGAGAGGCAAAGAAUCCAAGAAGAUCACCGAAAGGAAUUACAGUUUAAGCUAGAGGUUACUGAAAGGUUGCUUUCCGAGAAAUUUGAGCUUGAAAAGACAAGAAUGAUUCAACAAUUUGAGCGCGAGAUAAAAGAGCUACAGGAGAGUUUAGAAAUCGGCUGUAAAGAGAAGCUUCUUGAAAAAGAAGAAGCUAUUGAUGAGCUAGAGAGAGAGAAAAGAGAAUUGCUGAAUGCAUUGCAAAUCGAAAGGUUUAGUUUAGCUCAGGUUUAUAGUCGUGAACUAUCUUUGCUUACUCAGCUAGAUCGUCCGACCAAAGAGGACGUGGAAGUCGCUCUCAUCGACGAAAUUGCCAAACUGAAACAAGACCACGAUGAAGCGCUAACUGAGAUGGAUGGACAACACAAGCAGAGGAUAGAGGCAAUUAAGAGGGGCCAGCAACCUAUCAAAGAAUUAGAAAACAAACAACGCAAAGAAAUCGAGAACCUUAAAAAGCAGUUUGAAAAUGAGAAAGAGAGUUUGGAGGCAGAAUUCAGAAAAGAGCAGUUCAAUUUGUUAAAGAAUUUUGAAUUUGAACGAAAUGACUUAGAACAACGAUAUGAAGAGAUGAUAAAUGAGAAGGAAUUGGAAAUUCAACAGAAGGAAGACGACAUGCGAAACAUCUACGAGGGGGAACUUGAUGGACUCAAGAAAAUUGUAGAGGAACAGAGAAAAGAACUGGAAGUAUCCAAGCAGAAACUGGAAGAUUUGGCCGGUGAGAUGGAGGAGUUUGCUAGCGAGAAGAAUAGAAUGGAGGAAAAAUUUUACAAGGAAAAUAAUCAAUGUCAAAACCUGGAACAAAAUAUGCAAAAUGAUCUGCAAGUAUUGGAGAAAAACAUGAAGGAAACUAAAGCAUUACAUCAUCAGGAACUUGUUGCAAAAAUGGAAGAGUUUGCCAAGGAAAAAGAUGAACUGAGGAAAAACAGUGAAAAUGAAAAGGUAAAUUUGCAAAGGGAAAUCGAAAUUCUUAAGGGAAGGUUGGAAGAAAUCCAAAAAACACCAGAACACUUUAUCAUUGCCACCAGUGAGAACGUUCUGGAAAAGGACUUCGUUGAGGACGACGCAGGUGAUAUCGCAUGCAGCUACGCAAUGGGGAGCAAUGAGCCUAAAACAGUAGAAAACAAAAUCCCAGUAGGAGAAAAUCAAGAAGAAGAAGAAGGCCAAUUAGUGGGGAAGGAAAAUGAUGGAGCGUUUUUUGAAAAGACAGAAAGGAAAGAGGAGACGCGACCGCAGCGGGUCCAACAAAAAGAUGUAAGCAAAGGUAUUCGGAAAAUUCAAGAAAGAUUGAAAGAAUGUCUAACUGAUAAGGAAAACGAGGAUACCUUGGAACAUCUCGGCACAUCCAAUAAGCGACUAAAGGAAGCAAUCAAUCAGGCCAUCUUGGAGCUGGACAAGCUUUGCGAUGACAAAGUUGAAUGCGAUGAUGUGACCCACAUCAGGUCACAGACAGUAGUUUCCCCCUUCGAUCGGCUUCUAGCUCUGGAUGAGCAUCUGACCGAUGAAGGAACAGGUGGAGAAAAUGACAAUGCUAGUAAUGACCAGGUUAAAGAAAAGAUCAAAGCAGUGUUGAAUAAUGCACACUUAUCACAUGAAGUUGAAAAACUACAUCUAAUAGAAAGACACCAGGAAGAACUCAACGAGCUACUGAAGGAGCUGGCAGAUGAGAAGACAAAAAGAGUUCAAGAGACACAGCUAGCACUGAAAUAUCUUCAAGAAAACGACCAAAAUAGAGCUAGAACCUUGGAUUGUGUAACGUUUAAGGUCACCGAAGACAAAGGAAGAACAACAGAUGACCUUCAGUUCAGGCAAGACAAAGGCGGUUAUGGGAGCAUGAAAAGACCCAAUAGUGAGAACAGUACACACUCUUCCUCAAACACUGCGGAAGAGGUGAGGCAAGAGAAAAAAGAAAUGAAACGAUCAAUCGAAGAACUGGAAAGGCAUUUCAAAAGUGAAAAGUCGGAACUAAUGGAAAAACUACAAACACAACAUAAGGAAUUUGUGAUGAGCACUGAAGGAGAAAUUAUUGAAAAUCUUCUGAGGCAGAAGUCUAAUUUGGAGGAAGCUUUCAAUCUAGAACGAUUCUGCUUAGGCAGACUUUACUACUUGGAAAUGAAGGAUGAACUAGAGAGUGCUCUUAACUGCAAGACAGACAAAAUGAAAAAGGAUCAUGAUCUUGACAAAAUGGAAAUUAUCCUGAAAUACGAAAAAGACAUUGCAGACUUACAAACUUUACUGUCGGAAAAGAGUGAGAUGGAGCUAAGAUUGUUGCAGGACAAAAAUGAUACACUGAGGAAACUCCUUGAUGCGCAGAAAAGAAGCGCUCCUGAGAGGAAUAAAGCUAAAAAACGACGGAAAGACCAAGAUCGACUUGAGAGAGAGAAAGAAAACCUGGACCUUACAAUUCCACUGAAGAAAGAACUAGCUGAUUUACAGAACAAAAGGCAAAAAGAACAUGAAACAGCCGUUGCCAAUCUCAAUAACGCCAUUGAUUUAUUGAAAGAAGUGUUAUCCAGCACUCAAUCCAUCUCAGAAGGAGAAGAAAAGCAAAACAACCGACAAAGAUUUCUUAGUGAAGACCCCCCGCGUUUGGUGGUAACAUCACCCAUAGGAAAAGCGAACGUCAGAAACUGUAAACGACUUUUGGUAUCCGAUGAUGAGAUUUGCAACAGAGAAGAAUUAAGGGCUGCCCUGGAGAACCUUAUCGAACUGGUUCUCAACGACGAAGAUUCUCUUUACGAUUCUGAAUCCACUUCUGGUGCGAGCUCAGAUUUAGAAUCCGAGGAUUCUGGUCCGACAACUCCAAUCGGUGAAAGCGACGAAGGAGCAUAUUCUGGUCCUGAGUCAACGGAGGAUGAUGCAUUAAAUAUAAAGAAAUCUGAGUUAUAUUUUGCCUUUAAUCUCGAGAGAUUCAAUCUGAGCAGAGUGUACUAUGGAGAAUACAGAGACAGUUUAAAGAAAGUCAUGAGAAAAUUAGCUAAAGCUAAAGACUCGCUACGCAAUAAACGAAACGAUCUAGAGAAUGAGAUGCUGAAUGGCAUCAAACAAUUAGUCGACAAGACGCAGUUUGGUAAUCCUACUAAACAAAUCCUAGUAACCAAACGGAACAUUGACACCCAGACAUUUGAUAUAAAUGACAUACCAAGUGCUGAUCAUGAUAAUUUGUCUGAGCAAGGUACUGAAGGUGAGCGCUCCUUAGAAACUGAGAAGAGAGUCGAUGGCUCUUUAACCAGUAGGGGCGAUAAUGAGACAUCAGAGCUCUCCCAGAGAGAUUUGAAAGAGGAGGAACAAGAAGACACCAAAAGAAAGCUCGAUGACAAGAGAAACACUCCGGGUGAAAAACCUGACGAAAGAGAAAAACAGCUGGUCAAUGGCUUUGAAGACGAAAAACUAGCCACGGGGAUUCCUCAGGAGAAGAUUAAUCAGGGUGACGAGAACAAGCGUGAGGAUCAUCUUCAAAACAACGAUAUCCAAAAGGACGACUCUGGCGAGGGAAUUGGACCUCAGCCUAAACCAAUCUUUCUUGAGGAUGGAAAGACUUCGAACAACGCCAGUGACCGAAUUGGCCUCGAUCCAGGGCUGGGGAAUAAUCUCAAUGAUAAGAAAAUUGUCGGAGAACAAGGAAAAGAAGAUACUUUGGCAGGAGGAAUAGAUGAAGUCUACACUGGUUCAGGUUUACCAGCUAAACGUCCGGAUGACGGAGCAUUACAAUGA